AUGCUACGUCCUCUCGAGGACGCGAGCCGGCGGCCGUGGACAAAGCAUGACGACAACGCCGUGAGGGAGCUCGUGGCGGCACACGGCACGAAAAACUGGGCGGUGGUGGAGCAGAACAUGAUCUCCGUGUACGGCAUCUACGGGAGGUCCGGGAAGCAGAGCAGGGAGCGCUGGCACAACCACCUGAACCCUUCGAUCAAGAAGAACGCCUGGACGCCCGACGAGGAGCGCAUUAUGGCCGAGGCCAGGGCAAAGCUCGGAAACCGCUGGUCGGAGAUCGCCAAGCUUCUGCCCGGGCGGACGGACAACCAAGUCAAGAACCAUUGCAAGGAUGGAGGAAAGACUAAAGGGGGGCUCAACGCGGAGAAGGGAGCUACGGCGUGUCGAAAGAAGGGCCGCCCGCGAAAGGCCACCGGUCUGGCGGAGCUGGAGCGGUACAUGGCGUGCGCGCAAGAAGCGGCCCAGGCGGUUCUCAACGACUCCGGCAGACCCCAAGACCCGAUACUUCGCCAACAGGGCAUGGAGGUCACCGUCACGUCGGCACCGCGCGGGAGCCCACCCGUUGGUGCAUCCGUGGCGGCCAUCGAGAUGGCCAGUGGAAGGGCGGCAUUCCGUGAGAAGCUCAAACAGAACCUGGAGAAGACGGGGGGGCUACACUGCCAGAGAACUGUAGCCGCGAGGCCCCCCCACAGGAAAUUGGCAGACAAGACCAGGACCACCGUCAAGAACGAGAAAGCCAAGGACGCCAAGUACGUCAAGCAAUGCAAGCGCGGAGUUUCGCACACCGGCCGGACCUCGCCUGCCGGCUCCACCGAUGACUACGGCAGUGGCGGAGUGUUCCCGGUCGAUACCGCCGCCACCGGCGGUCUCUAUCCCCCGGUUAAACAGCCGUCCAACGGCCUUCAGCAGCACGAUGGCCACCGACCUUGUGGUGUUUCCUCCGGUAAUCCUCAGCUCGAAAGCCGCCUCUCCAACGGCCGCCGGUCAAAGAUUCGUUCGUCCAAGGUCUACAAGUCCAGCGCCGGCCGCAGGGCUAACGGCCAAAAGCUGAACGGCCGCAAGCCCAACGGAGGCGCCUCCCGAACCACCGGUCGUGAGCCAGGCGGCCGCCGCCCCAGCACCAAUACCGGCCGCCGCGCAACAAACGACAUAGCCAUGAGUCCGCACAACCUUCUGCCGGAUAUGGGCACAACGGGGACGAAGAAGCCGGUAGAAGGGGGCCUAGGGACAUUCGACUCAGACACGAUCAAGGAUACACACAGCUCGUCUCCCAACGUUCCGUCCCUCAAGCAGCAGGCGAUGGCUCCCAUCUUUACCGUGGGAAAGGCAUCCGGGGCCUGCGGGGCGGCAGUAGGGCUCGCAACACCAGCAGCAGGAGCAGUAGCAACAGGCCUCUUCAGGUCGGCACUGACGGUGGAGACCACCGAUGGGCAGCACGCCGAAGGCGGCGGGGCGAAACGUCGUCACCACAGGCGAGUUGGUCGUCGUCACGGAGGCGUUCGGCCUUCUGGAGUCAGCCCCACUCCGCAUCCGCGGGAUUUGUCUCCUUUGCACCUCGACGAGCCUUCCUCUCUUCGCCAAUCGCCCCGGCUACAUCCCCACGUCUUCGAUUUCGAUACCGCCGACAUCUGCAGCGAGUUGCUGUUCGGCGACGACGGCGUGGACGGCGGGGGCUGCGACGCCCAUCUGGUGCAGGGCAGCGAUGGCUGUGCUGAUGGUGGCGGUCCUCUUGCGCUGGACGAAAAAGGGUUUAUCAGGCUCGUGGGCAACAAGAGGGGUACCCGGGCACCAACAGAAGCAGCAGGGAGGACGAGGGUAGAGAGCGUUGACGUUGCCGCAGCUGUCGGCUCCAAGAGCAGCAGCCACCAAGCACGAGAAGGCCCACUGUCGCCGACAACGGUGAGCAUCUUUUCACCGCCACCUUUCGAACUCCACAACGAAGCUUUCGGCACCGGGACCCACUCCAGCAGCACCGGCGGCGUUGGCGGUACCGCUGUCGGGAUCGGGAGCAACGACUUCUCCGGCUACUUCGAGGGGAUGCAGUAUUUGAACAACCUUGGCUACAACGGUACCAGCGGCAGCGGUGGUCGUCGCCGCUCUCCCCGCCUUCACCUCGGAAUGUUCGCAGGGGACAGCAGCCUCGCCGCCGGAGACUUCGAAGCUCCGAGUCCCGGGAGCCUAGACGCCGGGAGCUUGGGGAGCUUGGGGGGAAGCGUGAUCGGGGGAAGCCUCGGCAGCCAUCUCUUAGGGACGCAGUCCUUUUUCUUGGGUACGGACACCGUUGGUGGUGGUGGUGGUGGUGGAGGCGAAGGCGGCGGCAGCGGCCACGGCCGCUCAAGGCCUUGCAGUCGAGGAUUUCCGGUGGGGGUCCACCAGACGGACCCCCGUUCCACUGUGACCGGUCCGGCCGCGGCGGACCCGCUAGGUGCGGCGCCAUGUACGCCACCGCUCAGAGACGAGAUGCGCUCCGCCGCUGUGGCCAAGGCGGGUGGGGUCGGGGGGUACGCUCUGGCUGAUCUGGACAUUGACAAGAGCCCGGCCCACGCUAAGGGAUUUGCGACACCUUCGGAGCUACUGAGUUGGCAGCAGCAGCAGCAGCAACAACAGGAGGAAGAACCUCUCAUGCUGUCUACGCCGCCCUCCACGAAGAUGGGAUCGUUGGGUGCGGCGGGCGGGAUCGGCGUUGGUGAUGGAAGCCGCGAAGCCGGGGGCAUCGUCGGCAGCGCGGGUGGAGCGUCGAAGCGGAAGCGGACUUCUUGUUCCUUUGCCACGUCCGCGGCAACGACUGGCAGUGACCAGCACCGGCAAGGAGGGGGCAUGGAAGAAGGAGGCUGCACAGGCGGGGACCCAGCAACAAAAACAGAGACCAUCGUCCGCUCCAGCCAAAGCAAGAUUCAACGGCGGCGGUCAAACGCAGCCACGUUUCCCCGUUCAUCCCGCCGCUCUCCCCUCGCUAAUGCUGCCACCGCCGCCGCUUCGCCACGGCAGAAGCAACAGCACGACCAUGGCAACGAAGCCACCAACAGCGGCGACACCACCCUCGGACCCCGGCUUCUGACCGGAAGCAGCAACCCUAACAGUGGCAACGCGUACCCGGGAUUCACUCCUCGCUUGACGACCACAGAUGAAUCGAACCCAGCUCCGCGGGUGGCGGUGGGUCCUCGGUGGAGUGCGACCGAGAUCAAACUCGAAACACGCCACACAGACGGCGGCGCUGGGGCCGGCCCACGAGACGGUGCCGCGCGGAUGAUCCCGAGAUCCGGCGGCAUUGGGCUGCAGCUGAGCUUCGCUCCCUUCCACGGGGGUGGCGGCGCGGGCGGACUGACUCCGAAUUCUUCGUCAAUGUUUGGUAGCAGCGACGGGAACGGCGCUUCGUCCGGAGCAUCCUCGAAAACCCCCUCCUCGUCGCACACGACGGCUGGCGGCGGCGGCAGCGGCAGCGGCGGUGCCUGUUUUUCUUCGAUGACCUACGGCGGCAGCAGCGGCGGGUUCUUGUCGCCGGGUGGACGCUCGCCUCGCGUUGGCAGCGUUGGAUCUGGUGCGCGUUCCUCCACGUCUCCGUGCGGGUUCGCUGGCGGUGACGGAUCCGACAGCGGCGGUGAUAGCGCGGCCAGCGGCGGUGAUAGCGCGGCCACCGGCGGUGUGGGCGGCACCGCUUCCAACGGCAUGCCGAAGACCACCGCCGCUCGAGGCGUCCUCGGGCUCGAGCUGGGCGGCAUCGCACGCCCUCCCGGAAGCAGAAUCGGCGGCGGCACACGGUUGUUCGGCCACGGCCCCGCCACUACCACCAACAAGCGCCUCUCCUUGCCUCAGGCCAGCGCUGCGUUGCCGCCUGGGUACGGGACGGCGACGGCGGUGGGCGUCAAAAGGGAGGCUGGAUAUCUAAGCGUACCCUGCGACACCGACGAUAGUGGUGGCGGUGGCGGCGAACUUGACGACACGUCAUCCCACCGCCGAUCCCCUCGGUUCAGCAACGACCACCAACACAGCACGGGCAGCAACGGCAACGGCAGCACAAGCAGAGAAACCGGCAGGGGUACGUUUAGGAGAUUGUCGUCGUCCUCGUCGUCGUCGUCCUCGUCGUCCUCGUCAUCGUCCUCGUCGUUAUCACCAUCAAGUGGCGCGGGUGAUACUCUCGGAGGGAGCUCCGGCGGGUACGGCGGCGGUGACGUUGUCGAUGGUGCCGGAAGCAGACGCGAGGGAGGGGGUGCCGUGAGAUACGAUUCAGUGUUCAACGCCGGUGUUCUCGCCGCAUCGUUUCCCGUCCGCCGAUUUCCGCGGCUGAAAGGACCUGCCAAAAAGGUUCAGCGGAUCAUCUUGUUGCUAUUAUAG